CUCAUGGUGAGUGUCUGGCACGACACACUUUGAUUGGUUGGUUUCGGAGCUAAGGUGAAGCUGUCAGGGAACGAGCAAUUAUCCUUCCUUCCUAGGCGAGUAGCCCAUUUGGUCUCUGAUCUCUAUCCGCUCAGAGGAAUGGUCUAUUUUGCCUCCCUUUUUAAGCCCAUGUCCUCCUCCCUCGCCAUCAUUCAUCCCAACAAAGCGUGUCAAACCUCUCCCUCAAGUGUUGUCCCAAUACCCACUACCUCUUCUCUCCACCGUCUUCUUCAGCUCUCUCGAGCGGAAGGAAAAGGUCUCAUGGAGGGCCUCAUCCCGUUCAUCUACAGGGCCGUGGCGCAGUACAGGAAGGAGGGGCAGGUCUCCCUCGCCGACCUCCUCUUCGACGAGCAGCCGUCCUCGUCGCCCACGGCGGCCUCGGCCUACUUCCGCCUCCCCGGGGACUCCGGCCGGCACCAGCGCGUCUCGGCCGACUCCGGCACACGGCGGUCUCCGGCGCACCGUCGGCGCACCAUGGAGCACGGAUCCUGGUGACCGAUUGUGAUUGAAGCGCAGAAAGGCCAAUAAUAAAGGAAACAGAGCGAAGCAGGUGAAGACUUGCCUAGGUACGUCGUCGAGUACAUGCAGAUACGAUGUCGAUUGCUGAGCCUAGCUAAGCUAACACGAGCUUCAGACCUGCAGUUUAUGUGUGCUAUACAUGCAUAUAUUUGUAUUUCAGUUCAGCCUGUAACGAGUCGGUGAGUGUCAACUGUAAAUAUGGGAUGCACAAGCGCAGGACCUCCGAAGGAGGACUGUGAAGAAGAUGUAUAGUGUCAGAGUCCAUACAUAUACAUGGAGUGUAAUAUGGCAAUAAAAGCUUCACCAUGUACAAAAAGGUUGUGUACACGCACACAUGACUGCUUGCUGCAA